AUGCAGCAUACAGACAACAGAACACUCAUCGCAUUGAAGUCCGGCUUCACAGUCGACGUCGUGAAUGCCGACACCAAGAAAAUAUACGUUCGCAACGUUCCGCUUCGCAUGCUAUGGCAUUUCUGUGGCGCCUCCGUCCUCGAUCGCUUCAUACCAGACCGGGACGGACGCCCAGACUUGUUAAAGAUACCUGUGGAAGAAGCCGAGAAAGCUGGAGUCGCAAGAGUAAUGCGGUACAUGCGUCGCGCGUGCAAAGCAGCUAGCGUACGGCCCACAGGUGAGCUGCGCGUACCACCCAGUCUGGCCGCUGGUAUCGAGACCAUCCGCGCAUGCCGUGUAUUUGGUUUGCACGCUGAUGCCGACAGGAUCAAAGAUGUGAUGAUCGACGAGUGGAUAGGCAACGAAGCUUGGUAUAUGACGGACGAGCAUGUUGAGCUGAUCUGGGAUGGGUAUCACGGUAGUCUUCGCGACACCGUUUUCGGGGAUGUAAUAGUCUGGUUCAUAUUAACAGAAGUGCAGGAUAAGUCGCAUCCCCUCGCUGAGGAAAUACGCUGGAUGCUGGAGCAAGACGAGUACGAGACGUUGAAGGCAAGGGUUACGGAUGAGGUACAGAGGAAGAUGUGGAGACUGGAGGAUCAUGACCAGUUCUUGGGGAGAUGUAGUUGGGAGAGGGCGGAGCGGAUGCGCAAGGAGGAGGGGCGUACUGAUCCUCGUGCGCGAGGUUAUCUUCAACAACCACUCCCGAUGUCCGACGCCGAGCAGACCACCUUCCAUCAUGGAACCAGCGCGAAAGCUCUUGGCAUCGAGAUGAUGCAGGGGGGGUUGUGGGAUGGCGGAGGCAUAGGUGUCCUUCCAGAUAUUCCAGUCCAAUCUCCUGAGCAGCCGAGGGCUGGAGCUGAUACUCCUGUUCCGCAUUCGCUUGGUCGGUAUUGA